UCAUUUUUCAUUUUUGCCUCUUUUUUUCGCUUUGGUUUUCGUCUCUCUGUUCUUUGUGGUGUAUGUCUGGUGUGUUAUUACUUCUCUCUUCAAUAUGUGACGUGUGUACUUUUGGAUAUCGUUUCGAUAUCCCAAAACUCCUAAAAUAUUGAACUGAUUGCCUUUCCCAUGAAGCCUUAAUGCAGUUUCUCAUUUCGUGCCUCAGACGGUCCAAGUCGCCCGCGGCCACGCGAGAUAUUUCAUCACACCAGCAAUCGUCUUUCAUUCAACUUCCGGUUUCCGAGAAAUUAAGCCACUGCGCUCGGGCCUAAAUUUCCAAGAAACUAUGCGAACGAGGAACUGAAGAAAAGACAGCUCUCGACAGCGCAGUAAAUUUUGAAAUGGCUGACAAUUCAGCGAACACUGCAACCCAGUGCCGUGGAAUAAAUGACCAGUUGUUUGAUCUAGGAUGCCUUGCUCCCGCUCUUCUCAUCAUUUUGAUACUGGCAUCUCUAAGGCGCCAAGUGAAUUUCAAACAUGAACACUGCAAUGGAUACCCUGGUUUAUUAAUACCAAUCAACUUCUUAGGUGGUUUUAGUAACAGAUAUACCAUUGCCGCUACAUUCGGUGCCACAGCCAGUACAUGCCUUACACUGUUUCUAUCAGGGAAUGGUUUCUUUUCCUUACCUGGUCCUGCUUGGGUGAAGGGUGAGUGAUGCAGUAUAUGAUAUAUCUAUAUAUUUUACAGUGAAUUAUAGAAAACUAUCAGUAUAUAAGCCCAGUGUUCAUCAGAUAUUUUUUUAUCAUUAAAUUUUUGAAGCUUGGCACUGGCUAAUA